AUGCGUUUUCUCAGCUUGUUCACAACAGCCCUUGCACUGGCGACUGGUAUUGCCGCCGCUCCUGUCGGCAGCAAGAACAUUUUGGCUACUAGGGAUGACUUGGAGCCCGAAACGCGCGGCGGCCAGGUGUACAUCAAGCGAGAUGAACUGGAGCCCGAGACUCGUGGUGGACAGGUCUACAUCAAGCGUGAUGAGCUUGAGCCUGAAACCCGCGGUGGACAGGUGUAUAUCAAACGUGACGAGCUUGAACCCGAGACGCGCGGUGGCCAGGUCUAUAUCAAGCGCGAUGAUCUUGAACCCGAGACGCGUGGUGGCCAGGUCUAUAUUUGA